AUGGAAUCUACCGGAAGUCACAAGGCCCUUAAAGCAUUGUUGAGGUCAUUGGCAGAUCUUCAGGAAGAGUUACUUUUCCAGUACCCAGACACUAGAUAUUUAGUAGACGGGACAAAGCCCAAAGCAGAAAGUGAGGAGGAGAUUUCCAGUGAAGAUGAAGAUCUAUUAGAAGAGAAGAAGAAGCAGAGAAGGGCCCCACCAAAGAGGAAGCUGGAAAUGGAGGACUAUCCCAGCUUUAUGGCAAAGCGUUUUGCUGACUUUACAGUCUACAGGAACCGCACACUUCAGAAGUGGCAUGAUAAAACCAAGCUGGCUUCUGGAAAACUGGGGAAGGGUUUUGGUGCCUUUGAACGCUCAAUCUUGACUCAGAUCGAUCAUAUUCUGAUGGACAAAGAAAGAUUACUUCGAAGGACACAGACCAAGCGCUCCAUCUACCGAGUUCUUGGCAAACCUGAACCGGCAACGCAGCUUCUCCCGGAGAGUUUGCCAGGACAACCGGAGGUCCUUCCUCAAGCCCCUGCCAAUGCCCACCUGAAGGACUUGGAUGGUGAAAUCUUUGAUGACGAUGACUUUUACCACCAGCUCCUUCGGGAACUCAUAGAACGGAAAACCAGCUCCUUGGAUCCCAACGAUCAAGUGGCCAUGGGAAGGCAGUGGCUUGCGAUCCAGAAGUUACGAAGCAAAAUCCACAAGAAAGUAGAUAGGAAAGCCAGCAAAGGAAGGAAACUCCGGUUUCAUGUCCUCAGCAAGCUACUGAGCUUCAUGGCACCUAUUGACCAUACUACAAUGAAUGAUGAUGCCAGGACUGAGUUGUAUCGAUCUCUUUUUGGGCAGCUCCACCCUCCUGACCAAAGCCAAAGGGACUGACCGCACCUGCCACUCUUGCUACAGGCCCGAGGCGGGAACCCAGACACACGGACAGGCGGACACACCGUGCGCCGGCUCGCCAGCCCCAAACACAGGAAGCUGUCAGCCCAUGACUUUGGGCUAGCUGGGGAGUCCUGGGCAGGUGGGGGAUUUAGAGCACAUGCCUAAUAAGACCCAGGAAGCCUGGAGUCAAGUGUCCAUGUCCCCCAUGCUUCAGUUUGCUGGGGACCCGCGCCCCACGCUCGUUCACCAUCACAAAUAAACCGUGUUGUUACGGCCA